AGCGUGUGUUCCGGAUACGGCCCAUCCAUCGAAAUGAGCGACCGGCGACCAUCGCACCGCAGCCGCAGCCGUGACCGCCGGCGCAGCCCAGACCAGACGCGGCGACGAAGCGCAGACCGCCGCCAGAGCCGCAGCCCAGACCGCCGGCGUCGUAGCCGCAGCCCCAGUGCCGAGCGGUCGCGCCGCCGCCAGCGCAGUGCUAGCCGCGAGCGUCGUCGCAGUCGUAGCAACGACAGCGACAGCAAGACGUCCAAGAAGACGAGCGACAAGCGAGCGACACGCAAGGCGGCUGACUAUAGCAGCAGCAGCGAAAGCGACAGCAGCGACAGCGCGAGCAGCAGCGACUCGGACGAUGCGCGUCGUCGCCGUCGUUCGUCCAAGAAGGCGUCGUCCAAGAAGAGCAAGAAGGACAAGAAGAGCAAGAAAAGCAAGAAGAGUCACAAGAAGAAAGCAUCCUCAUCCCUUGCCAUCAACCAGAACGAGUAUGGCAAGUAUGGUAUUCUGCGCGAGACCGACUUCCACGCCAAGGCUGUGUCGUUCCAGGCCUGGCUACGCGACGUUAAAAAGAUCCCCGACUUUAACGGCCCCAAGUACGAGGCCAUGGACCACUUCCGCGACUACAUGGAGGACUACAACACCGCGACGUUGCCCCAUGAGAAGUACUACGACGUUGAAAAGUACGAGCAGCGCAAGUUUGCCAAGGAGCAGGCCAAGCGCGCCAAGCGACACAAGCCGAGUGCCAAGGAAGAAGAGGAGACGGCGUAUGCCGAGCGCAUGCGCCAGCGCGCCGACGCGAACAAGAAGGAGUUUGCGCUCAUUAUGCAGACCAUGGACCGCAGCAAGAUUGAGCACAUGCGCGAGCAGCAGCGACUCCGCGACCAGAUGCAGAUGCACUACAAGGCCGGCAACAUGGACGAAGCGCGGCGCCUCGAGCAUCUGCUCACAAAGAAGGACGAGUCCAAGCCCGAACCCGAGUUCAAACCCGACACGGGACGUCAUUUUUAGCCGAAUAACGUGGAUUCCUUUUCCUAGUAUCAACUCGAUACUCUAUACUUUGC